AUGGUUGACAGGAGCUUGCUACACUGUCGUAAAAACGCUAAUAACACGAUGGUAGUCCAAAAAAAGUAUGCACAUACCGGCUCGGACGUCGCCCGGGUGAACAAGGUCCGCGCUGCAGCUUUGGAGACUAGAGGCUGCAGUGUAAAGUAUGCUACUGAGUCCCAGAAAGAUAGACUGAAGAUGGGGUUGACAGUUGGAGUUUGGAAUGUCAGGUCAUUGUGGCAGACAGGGGCUUACGCGUUGAUGAAGAAAGAACUUGAACGAUUCAGAUAUGAUGUGGUUGGUCUGUGCGAGGUCCGAUGGACAGGAGGUGGAGAAAUGGAAGGUGGGAAGAUAUUAUGGUCUGGAACAGAGAGGGAGCACGUCUAUGGAGUCGGAAUGGUUAUUGGCGAAAAAGCAAAAAAAGCACCGUUGGAGUACAAUCCAGUGAAUGAAAGAAUGAUGUAUGCGAGGUUUAAGGGAUACCCGAGAGACAUUGAUGUGGUAGUGGCCUAUGCUCCAACAAUGGAUCACUCGGAUGCAGAAAUCGAGGCAUUCUACGAUCAACUGGAGCAAACAUUGAAUGUACUGCCAAAGAAAGAUGUUAAGAUAAUCACCGGAGAUUGGAACGCAAAGAUCGGAAGAGACAAUAUUGGUUUUGAAGAAGUCAUGGGAAAAUAUGGUAUAGGAAACAGAAAUAAUAGAGGAGAAAGAAAGACUGCUGAAAUUUGCAAAGGACCAAAAAAUAAAUUUAAGGGUGUUGGGGUCUAUCAAGCCAAGAACCUCGAUACAUAUUGGCAAAAAUUCCUUGGAGGGUUAGGGUCUUCAUAUUUUUUAUUUUCUCCUCCGCUGUCCUGGCUGAAGCCGAACCAGAUUCCCUACUCGCCAGAUUUACAUAUCUUUCGGCAAACAUCUAACGGCUCGCCAUGGUAUUAG